UUCAAAUUCAUUUUGAACACACAAUACAUUUGCAGACUCACUCUAUUCUUCCUUCUCUUCUAUGUUAUGCCUCUCCUUGGCGACCUCCUGCAACCCGAUCGGACGAGUGCGGCUCUCCAACCCCGGCGACGACGCAGCUUCUACAACCCCGGCGACCCGACGAGCGCAGCUUCUGACGACCAACGACGACCGAGUCUCUCUCCGUCUUCGCACCGGACUCGCUUCUCUCGACAGAUCUGUGUGCACAAGAAUUACGGACAUUGAGAUUCACUUUCUCCAAAUUAAGUUCACAGCUAUUGGAGUUUACUUGGACUCUGAAAUUGUGGGACAUUUGCAGCAGUGGAAGGGCAAAACAGGAAAGGACCUAACUGAAGAUGAUGACUUCUUUGAGGCCCUCAUUUCUGAUGUCAACUUCAAGUGUUAAUUCACAACGUAGGGAGGAAGGGCAAGUGCGAAUGGACAAUACACCAACUGUCACCGAACAACUUCAAAGCGUAGGCGAACAUCUUCGAUUUCAAAGCGAACAACAUCAAUUUCAGAACGCGCAGAUGCAAAAAUUACAAAGGGGCAUAAAUAGAAAUUCGUGUUGUAUUAAUGGGAUCUUCAUCUUGCUUGUAAUUGAUGUUAUAUUAAUAAUGAAGAUGUAAUAAUUUGUAUUCAAGUUAGAACAUGUAAUUGGUGUUGUAUUAAUUAUAAAGAUGAUAUGUAUGAAGCUUUAUGA